UGUGAGAAAAUUGACUUCCAUAAAGAGAAAGAUGGGGUUUCCUUUGCCUUUGGGGAAUGCAAUAUAUACCAACAGAUAAUGCCAAAACUGAGCCGCUUCCCAAAUCUGUUGCUCCAUCCUGUUUCCAGCUUCGACUAAAAGGUCUGAAGCCAAACAAACGCCAAGAUGUCAGAGAAAAAAAUGUCUUCGAGUCGCAAGCAUCAUCUGAAGAGCUUGAUGCUGUCCAUCGCCAAAGGUUUACUGGAGGAGGAAGAGAGGGAGCAAGAGGAGGAGAGGAUUAGGUACAUGGAUGAGAACUGUCCCCCAGUGUCCAUGCCUAGGAGUAUGCAGGAGCUGCAGGCACUGUGCAGAGAAAUCCACCACAAGAUCGAUGUGACUGAUGAAGAGAGAUAUGACCUGGAGAUGAAAGUCAAUAAAUCCAACAAGGAGAUUGACGACCUAAAGAUCAAAGUUCAAGACCUGAUGGGAAAAUUCAAGAAGCCCGUCCUGAAGAAAGUGCGUAUGUCUGCUGACGCCAUGCUGAAGGCUCUGCUGGGCUCCAAACAUACAGUCAACCUGGAUCUGAGGGCCAACCUGAAGCAGGUCAAGAAGGAGGUCAAAGAGGAGGAUAAGGAACUGCGUGACGUUGGUGACUGGCGUAAAAACAUUGAAGACAAAUCUGGCAUGGACGGGAGGAAGAAGAUGUUUGAGGCCGAGGCUUAGAUCAGUAUUUUAUCUGCCAAAAACUGCAUUUGCUCUUAACAAACCCGCAGUAUUUUUACUUCCUGUUUUUCAUUGGUGGUUUAACCAAAAAGCCAUUUAGAUAGCACAAAUUCACUUUUUAAAUUACCUUGUAAGCUGUGGGAACAGCAGUUUUACUGACAAAAUAAAGAGACCAGAUCUGCUGAAGGAGCCAUUUUGUCUUGCUUACUUGAAAUUUCAUUGGCUCUUUGUCUUCAGAACC